GUGAGUUUAGCCUCGGGACGAAAGAUAGUGACCUCAGCUAAAGCCUCAGAUCUUAGCCUUUCCAUCGGUGGUCGUUUAUUGUCUACCGACGCGUUUAUUCUCGAGAUGAGGGACUUCGACCUUAUUCUCGGAAUGGAUUGGCUAUCCUUCUAUCAUGCAGACAUCAGGUGUCAUGACCGGGAUAUCACUCUCUAUCUUCUAAGAAACGAGUCGAUCACUUUCUUUGUUUCGAUGGCGAAAGCCACUAAGUUACUGCGGCGAGGCAACUGCCAGGGUUAUCUGGUGAGCCUUGUCGACGAUUCUCAGAAAGCACGCUCACCUCAUGAUGUUCCAAUCGUUCGUGAGUUCGUGGAC